GCGGGCGGGAUCCGGGUGCUUUUGCCUCUUCGAGCGUGAUUCGUGCAGAUCAUUUCGACGGGAGGUGAUUGAUCAUCGUCUCAGAGGGAUCCAGGGUGUCGUGUGGUCUCUGGCUUUUUUUUUAUCGCUUUUUUAUUCUUGACCCCACCAAGCAAGACCUUUCACCAUGUCUAGCGUCGUCGCCUGUCACGAGUGCAACAAGCCCGUACACAACCGGUUCUGCACACACUGCGGUGCCCAGUCCAAGGCCUGGAGCUCAAAGAAGAUUGAGGGCGCUCCCACCACCAUUGUCUUUGACAAGACCCUCUACCCUUACUGUUUGUUCUCUUGCCUCUUCUGCUGCCCGCUGCGCGUGGUGAUUAGCAACAAGCGCGUGGACACCAGCCAUGGCUGGUGCAUGUCCAACCUGGAUGUCAUUGACCUGCGCCGCAUCACCGAGAUUGAGUUUGACCGUACCGUGUGCGGCCUCUGUCUGGGCCGUGGCACCAUCACGAUCCAUGCUUCUGAUGAAACCAACCCCGUGACCAAGAUCAGCUGCUUCCGGGCCAAGCAGGUUUACAAGGAUCUUCGCACCGCCUGGAACAAGGCCAAGCUCAACACGGUCGUUUCUUAACUACCCGCUGCUCUGCUUUGCAAGCCGGGAUGUUGUGUCGUACCUUUGAUUGUGAUGCCCCCUUUGUGAUGCCCUUUCCAUUGCCGAGUCGUGCUAGAAGAGAGGUUGCGGGAAGAGGCGCGGCGCGCGCUUCUCUGCCAAGAACAAUCACAACAGCCGAUUGUGUGGCCCCUCUCCUCAACGCCUCAUGUCCGUUUUCUUCCAAGACCAUUAAUUCAUGUUGAUGCGUG